AUGUCUACUCUCCUGCUGCUCUGUGCAAUCCUGCACCUGGGAUCCCACUGCAGUUUGGUCACAUCAUCAUACAGUCCGUGCACAGAUUUGCGACCACAGGAUCUCCUGUCUGAAAUUAUUGAAGGGCCUUGGCCACUAGUGAAUGGGGUCAGGAUGGUUCAGGAGCAUGGAGCCCGUGGCCUGCGACUCAGUCAGAAUGUGAAAGCAGCUAGCUUCCCUGCCUCUCGCAUCUUCAAGAUCUGUAGCUACUUCCCAGCCGAAUUCUCCAUUGUUAUCACGCUGAAAGUGAACUACCUGCCACUGAAGAAAAACGAAUACAUCUUCACUUUGCUCCAGGAGAGUUCGAACCACAUGCUGCUGGGGUUGAGGGUCUCGUCUGACAAGCUCCACCUUGAGUUCUCCCACGGUGACCACCCCUACAGCCACAGGAAGAGGGCCACCUUUCGAGACCUCCGCCUAGCUGAUCGGCGCUGGCACACUCUGGUGCUGGCUGUAACGGCCAACAUUGUGUCUCUCACCAUAGACUGUUGCCCACCUAUAGACAUGUUCCUGGAUGUUUUAUUCCCUGAACAGCUGAACACUGCCAAAUCUCGAUUCUACAUUGGGAGCAGGAGGAGGCGGAAAGGAUUGUUUUCAGGGUUACUGAGACAGCUGGUAUUGUUACCGGGAUCUGAUGCUACUCAACGAAUCUGCCCGAAUCCCAAUCCCAGAUUAGCUGCUCUCUCAGUCCCAAAGAUCCUGACGGAACUUCCGCUCAAGCCAUCGGAGACUGACAUCGCGAAGCAUCCGUAUGAAACAGAUGUAAAGGUGACGAUUGGGAGCCACCCGUCCUGCACCAAGACUGAAGCCAGCCGCCUCUGGUUUGAUGUUUUCAAUAAAGACCUUUAUAUCUGUGAUGGGAAGACUUGGGUGUCAAUCUUACAAGCUAAGGAAAGACUCGACUACGUGGAGAACUAUCAAAAUCUGGUGACCAACUCAGAAACACUAGAUGUGGAGAUCUUUGAAAUCCCAAACAUUGGACUCUUUGCCGCCACUGCCAAUAGGAAGCCCCAGCCAGGUUCAACGAUCUUCAAGUGGUUGGAUGGGAAGUUUGAGCCAUAUCAGAACAUCACAACUUAUGAAGCCCAAGCCUGGAAACACUUCUCCAUUGGCCCUGAGGUUUUCCUGGCCGUAGCCAAUUUUGAAAAGAAUGAACGGAACCAGGAGUAUUCAGUCAUCUACAGAUGGAGCCAGAGGAGGCUGCGGUUUGUUCUGUACCAGAGACUAGCAACUCACAGCGCCCGUGACUGGGAGGCCUUUCAGAUCAAUGGGGAGACGUUCCUUGCUGUAGCCAAUCAUCGUGAAGGAGACAAUCAUAAUAUUGACAGCAUCAUUUAUAAGUGGAACCCCAAUACCCGUCUGUUUGAAAGGAACCAGACCAUCCCAACCUCGGGAGCCUAUGACUGGGAAUUCUUUACGAUCGGACCCUAUUCCUUUUUAGUCGUGGCGAACACCUUCAAUGGGACAUCAACCCGGAUCUACUCCAGGAUUUACAUCCAGCUGGGAGGAAUGUUCCGACUUUUCCAGUCAAUCCCGACAUAUGGUGCUACUGACUGGGAGGUUUUCCGUGUUCAAGAAAGAAUUUUUCUGGCAGUUGCAAAUAGCCAAAGCUAUGAGACAGGGGCAGUGAAUAGAGUCAAUGCCUUCAAUAUUAAUUCUACCAUCUACGAACUCAACAUCACAGCCCAAAUGUUCGUCAAGUUUCAAGACAUUCCAACAAACAGUGCAGUUGACUGGGAGUUCUUCACUGUGGGUGAUGACAGUUUUCUGGUUGUGGCCAACUCUUUUGAUGGCUCCAAGUUUUUUUUAAACAGUGUUAUAUACAGGUGGCAGGGUUAUGAAAGUUUUGUUCCAGUCCAUCAGCUUCCAACAUACGGAUGCACAGACUGGGAAAAGUUCCACACAGCAGAUGGCUCAUACCUCAUCUAUUCCAGUGCAAAGGAACGCAUUUCCAAGGUGCUCAAACUGAAGACUUAUUGACCAAGGGGCAAUUCAGUCAACACUUUACAGAAAAUGAAUUGGAUUCAAUUCAACGUCCUUAAGCUCAUUGAAGUCACCAGUCACUCAAAAGGUCUUUCUUACAGAGCGUAGUUUCCCUUGCUAUACAGGUUUUGUAUUAGCAGAAUGGACAAUCCUGCUUACAUUGUGUUAAGUGUUGCUUUUCAUUCCUGGGAUCCGGAUGUUACAUUGUGAGCAAUGAAAAGAAGACACCAUUGGAUUAUUUUCUUAAGUAAUCUUUAUGAAUUUGCUGCUCAGUUAUUUUCCCCAUGCUACGAUGAACAAGUGAUUGGAAAAGCUGGAAGACGCUAUAUUGGGGUG